AUGUAUUUACCACUAUUAUUACAAAGUAAAAUAAUUAAACAUCUAUAUGAAAAUGGUGAUAUGUGGCCAAUGGAGGUAUCUUUGGUAAGCAAACAUUUCUUUAAAAUCGUAAAAGAAAUAGUAGGUUCAAGCAUUAGAUUCGAUUUUGGAUUUAGUUCAUAUAUUCAACUAUCAAACGGUAGUCUAUCGGCCAGGUAUGAAGAUACAGAUAUUUUCAAUAAUUUUUGUAAGGCCAUCGUCGAUGGUAGGAUAUACAAGAGUCAAUACUUUCUCUAUUCUCAACUAGAAGAAUUGACUGUGAACUAUGAACAAAUUUAUUGUUCAGAAGAAGAUAUCAUCAAUGACUUGGACAGACUUCUCAGUAGCGAUCAGUGGGAAGAAUGGAACAAAACCAAAGAACUACCAAUAGAAGUAAAGAUGCUUCACUAUGAAGGAUUUUCAAGUGAAAUCAGUUCGUUUUUGCAGAACGAUAAAGCUACACAGUACAUUAGUGAAUUCAGUUUGUAUGUUAACUUUGAACUAGAGGAGUUGGGUUACAUUAAACUACCACCAAAUUUGAAGAGAUUGAUUGUUAGUACUGAAGAUGAUUUGGAAUCUCUACCUUCAGAUGUCACCCAAAUCGAAUUGUUUCUUGAAAGGUUAAAAAAGUGUAAACAAUUGGAACAUUUUAGCUUUCAAUCGGAUGUUCUCGUACGAUAUCUCAGUCAAUAUAGUGCAAUGUUAUUUCAUUACAUCAAAUCUCUUGACAAUCUAAAGAGUUUGGAGGUAAAAGGAAUAAAAAAUGCAACUUUGGAAUAUGGUGAUGGAUUUCCAGAAUGGAAUGAUCAGAUCAUCAAUCAUUUGAAAGAUCACAAACAGAUCACAGAGUUUUCAUUUUGUUUGGCUUUCAAGAGUGCACUUUUAAUUCUCCAACAAAACCAGCUAUUGGAAUAUCUAUUCAGUCAAGAUUGUGUCGUUCAGAGAAUAAGAGCAUCGUCAAUGUUGUCAAAUGAAAUACCAAAGAUUCAUAGAAACAUUUCAUAUCUAUUUGUUGGAAUCGAGAUGUCUGUUGGACAUUUUACAAUUGAAGGUAAAAUAUACAGUAGAACAGAAGAACAAUCUCUUCUUGCAAAACAAGAGAUACAACAACAAGUGAAAGUGGCCAUCAAUGAAUUCAGUCAUAUCGAUCAUUUGGUGAUUUGUGAUUCAAUGCAAGAGGGUAGAGACGACUUCAAUCAGAUCAAUGCAGACAGCAAUCACACAAAAUCUAAAAACUAUUUCUAUGCACUUGACUAUUUGGAGUUUGUCGAACAACUUAGAGUUACUAGAGAAUCAGCAAAUCAGAAGUUUGAUAUCCAUCUCAGUAAUGAAAUGCAAAAGUAUUGGAUCGUUUUGGGUUGUCCAAACACUGAAUAUAAGUACCUAUAUUCAAAAGAUGAAGAGGAAGAAGAUAAUGAAAAAUCAGAGAAUGUCAAAGUAGAAGAAAAAGAAGAAAACACGAAAAUUGGAGAUAAUAAAGAUACAAUUAAUGACAAUAUAAUUUCUAAUAAAGAGGUGGAUCAAGAUCAAUCAAAAGACAUUGCUGAAAAAGACAAUAUCUGCGACAGUGAUGACAAUGAUUCUGAUAAUGAUGAAUAUGAUUCAGAUUACUCGAGAAAUGAUGAUGAAGAUUAUGAAGACUAUUUUGAUGACUCUGCAUUCGAAGACUCUGAAUAUGAAAAAGAUGAUGAAGAAUCUUUUAUUUCAGUUAAGAUAGAAUCAAAUAUAAAUAAUUAA